CAAUAGCCACCAGUUCUUACAAUUUUGAACUUGAUCAGAUCACCAUACAAGAUGCCACCGUCGUCCUUUUCCAUCAUGUCCGCCAACGUGAGGCUUUGCCGAGCUGUUGGUUUGUGGUAUGAUCUAACCCACUGGAGAUUUACCUGGCAACCGAUUUUCGUCAUUUUAUCUCAAGUUUUCUGGUUCAUGAUUCCGACUGUGGCGUUCAUGAUUCAGAGGGAGAAAAUUUUCGCAGUGCAGUUGAAACCUAUUUUGGAGAUUGUCGAAAUUGGGAUGAUAGUAUUCCGUACGACCGCCCACUGGUACGGUCGGCGAUCGCUGACUAAUUGCUUCGAUGAUCUGCAUAAAGCUUUUGAACAGUUUUCCGUCAGUGCCCACGAAGAUAUCCGCAGAACAUUGCGGCAUUUGCAGCGAUCGGCCAGUUACCUGGUCAAAAUCUACGUAUUUGUCGUGCUGUUCCAGGCGUUGUCCUAUGGACCGCUGGCUACUUUCAUUACCAUUGUACGAUAUUGCCGUUCAGAUGAGACCCUCGUUCUGACUUCACCGGUAUUGGAAGCUGAUUAUGUUUUCUUCGAUCAUCUGUCCAGUUUCUCAGCUUGGCUACCAUCGAGUCUCAUAUCCGUAUCCGUACAGUUUAUGAUGGUUAUUUCUAUCACAGCGAGUGAGUGCCUGUUGUGGAACUUGUUGCAUCACGUGUCCUGUUUGUUCCGAAUCGUUCGUUAUGAAAUAUCCCGGUUGGAUGGUUCUUCAGAUAGGAAAACUUUCAGGAAGCAAUUCGUUGAAAUCAUCAGUGCUCACAAUACAGCAUAUAGGUGUGCCCGUCGUCUGGAAAGUAUUCUAAGUCCUGUGGUGGGUAUGCUGUAUUGUUCGUGCAUAUUCCAGACCUGUUACGUGCUCUUCGUAACCAGUGUGGUGGACGACCCGAUGCUUAUGGCUUCGAUGAUCUUCAUUCUGCAGUAUACCACAUUUCUCAUAUUUUCGUUUUCGAUGUUAGGCACCGAACUGAUGGGAGAGAGUGCAUUGGUUUCCGAAGCUAUCUACACUUCUACACGGUGGUACGAGUGGUCAGUGGACAAGCGUCGUUUGGUUCUGUUUGUCCAGAUGAGAGCCGAUCGAAUAACGGGAAUAACAGCUUCAAAGUUUUUCUAUCUAACCAGGCCGACAUUUGGAACGGCUAUGAAGACAGCAUUUUCGUUCUUCACAAUUAUUCGGAGUCUUUUCGAAAAUUAAACAUGAAAAUAAAAUUUGACCUUAUAUAAUUCUUGUAAAAGUUAUAUUGAGAUAUUCUUAGAAAAGAUACAAUGUUCAAAAUUAUAUGAAUUUUAGAAUCA